AACUCACCGUUUUGUAUGGUUCACACGGCUCACUGGUGAACAUCGUGCAGAACAUCAUCAUCUCGCGCAUCAUGAACUACAACAUGGAGGACAUGGCCAUCCGAGACGAGCUCCGCCCCUUCCUGCUGGCACGCACCGACCACUUCCUGCAUGAGCUGGUGAGCUUCGCCCGCUCCACCCUUAAUAUGGAGGAAUACGACCAGCAGGCCGUUUACGACUGUCCCGCGCCCAGCUACGAGGAGGGCAGCAGCUCGGACCUUACUGUUAUCGCCAUCUCCGAGGAUGAUGAUGAUAAUGAUAGUGAGGACAAUGUCACGGAGAAUCCCUCUGCUGUCCAGGAAUGCCUUGCAUCCGUUGCCACAGCAAGUGGAGCGGAUAGUUUGCCAAGUCAGUCAGCGUGGGAUGAUGAGACGCCUGGUCCAUCCUAUUCAACCCUCCUCCCCUCUUCCAGCCUAUCACAGGGUGAGGGGGCGGAGCCAAGCUCAAGCACAGCCCCUCCCCUCAGUGCCCUCAACACGACUGACCCUGUGGCAAGUGUCGGCGUGUCAGCCAGACCGGAUGAAGAUGAUAUAGAGGAAGAGUGCCUAAUUGUGGGAUAUGUGAAACCGAUGGCUGAACGGACCCCAGAACUUGUUCAGCUCUCCUCAGAUUCAUCUGAAGAAGAGCAAGAGCCAGUCACCACCGAGGCAGCGGCCUCAGUAAUGAAAUCAGAGGAAUUCCAAGUGCAGCUCCCGUCACAGUCCCACAUGAACCCAAUUAGUCCUAAUUCCUUUCCAAGCCCUGCUCCCUUGUGCAGUCCACAGCAUUUACUUCCGGAUGGAGUCAGGUCACCGAGUAAAGAACAAGAGGCCGACUACUUGUCCUUCCAUGGUCACCAGUCCAAAGAUGGUUCACAGUCACAUUCACAUGAUGACUCCAGCUUCAGAGGUAACCAGAGGCACAGAAGUCAUCGGCGCUCUGGCAGCAAAGAGAAGGACAAGAGUUCAGAUCAAUCAGGGCCAGUCAAGACCCCAGAUUGCUCGCCAAGCCAAACACGUAGCUGGACACAAAGCCCAACGGUGUCCAUUUGGAGUGGCAGCCCCGCAUCUAAGUCACACAGUAGUGAUUGCUCUCCUUCUCAAAACAACAGCGACAGAAGUGGAGAGCAUUCGCGCCAUUCAAGAGAGAAAUUCUCGCACUCUCCUUCCUACUCAAAAAGGAGAAAAACCAAGGAAAGGAGGAUAAGGUCUCCUGACUCACCUGAUUCGUUCCUUGGCUCUCACCAUCCCUGUGAGGCAAAGCAUUGUCGUAAACACCGUAGGCGGUCGGUCAGCAGCAGUAGCGCUGAUUUGCACUCUGAAAGAUCCUGCAUGGACAAACCCAGUGGUAAACGCAAGUACAAAACCCGGCACUUGGAGCGAGCAGCCCAGCGGCGGCACAAGGAGAGAACCACAACCAAGGAAAAAAAGCGGAACCGAGAACGGCGACCCAGCAGGGAACGAUCUCCAAGUGUGGAGAUCAUCUACGAACAAAGGGCGCCUGACACAGACUGGAUCCAGCGGAGGAAGAAGAAGCACCGGAAGCGAAGGAGGGAACUGCGUUCUCCCACUGUGAUCACGAUAGAUAGUGACAGCGACCGUACCAUCGACUGUCUGGACCGCGUCUUGGAUGUUUUAGACCAAACCGCAGCUGAUACUGAGCAAAGGGAUGGGAGUCCUGAGCAAGAUUCCAUCCAGAAUGCAAGUUGUACCUUGGACUCUUCAAAUCCUCUCUCUGAGCCAUCGAGUCCCAUAGGCCGCAGUGACCAAACCACUGAACGCACACUAAACCUAGACAACUGUGUGGUGAAUGUAGUCGACAACAGUAGUUCUGACUGCUCCCGAAAUAUAAGUGAAGGUAGCCACGAAGAGUUUAUGUCCGACCCUUUCCCAGGGGCUUCGAUGAUAACAACCCCACCUUCGGACAUGAGGCUGCUGGAAACCAUACUGCAAGAUCUUGUGGAUUUCCUACCGGGGACAGAGUAGGAAAUGGGGCAGAGUCCUCCCGGCCAACGGGAACCCAGUUCUAGCCAACCAAAAGACCAAUCAGUGAUGAGAGGAGAUGGCAAAAAUUUAGAGAAUGAGAACACAGAUGGCGACCAACACUGCUAACUAAAACUAAAAUAGACUUUUUCUUACAGACAAAAGCUUUUCUGAUGCUUAUCUGGAUCGCUCAGUCUCUAUACGUUUUUAUAAACUCAUUUAAAGUUUGUUUUAUUGCUGGAAAUGGAUGCUUGGGAAACAUUAAGACAAUGUUUUUUGUCAAUUUGAACAUCAUUAUUAUUAUUCAUGUUGUAUUUAUAGUCAUAGUGAUCCUUUUCCUUGAAUCUGGUGCUUAAUCACUGUGCCACAACUCAACGACGAUCAUGUCUAGAUGGCAACUCUUUUCCACUAUCCAUAACCCUAGAAGCAACAAAUGCAUGGGAGUUACUAUCUAGACUAGUGGUUCUCCGCUUGUUUGCUUCAAGACCGAGAUUGUUUGACAAGACGCAGGGCCUUUGACUAACCAAACGAAAUAUAUAGGAAAUGUUAUUUUGCUAUCUUACACUCUCAGAAAAAAAUGUGCUAAACUUGUAUCUUUAGAUGUAAAACAGAUUGUCACUGGGGCAGUCCCAGUACCUUAAAGGUGACAGACAUAUCAUGAAAAUUUUACUUUUCAAGGUUUUAAGUGCUAUGAACAGGUCCCCGGUGCAUCUAUCAACCAAGGAAACGUGAAAACGAUUAACCCAGUAACUUUGUUGUGGUAAGCCUUUUUUUCUUCCUCUUCUGCAUACCUGUGACCGAUUCUGAAUCAUGACCCACCGGAUGAGAACCACUGAUCAUUCAUUAUUCAGCCCCAUUGAUCUUGGAGAACUGUGUCUUUGUUAAACUCAGGGAACAGAUGACGCCUCCAUUCCUCCGUUACACAGUAUGUGUGAAUGUGCUGGUGCGUGUGGGACUAUAGGGACACCCUGGAGAUAUAAUAAUUCACGGAUCAUGUCUACUGAACACACAUCAAGCCUUCUUUACAACAGCUGUCUGUCAUGUCAGCCAAAAAUCAAUAAAUGCAUUUAAUAGAUGUAUAAUAGUGUCUGAAAAUGUUUUUCUUUAUGAACCACAGCAUUAGGUCUUUGUGACCUUAUCAAGACCCUUUGUUCUAACCAGUUGGGAUGUGAUGAACCCUGUGUCUUCCAGACACCAAGAUUAUUCAACGUCUUUUGGAGAUUACUGGGCAGAUGAGGAGUCCACCAUAGUCAUGUCGUCCACAUAUUUCCAGUGGUCUGUUUGUUCCUGAAGGGCACUGUUAAACAGUGUUAGAAAGAUGAUGGGUCCCAGUACGUGUCCCUGAGGAACUCCACAUGAGGGAUGUUCCCAAUCAGACAGAUAUCCCUGAUAACGCACUCUUUGAUGACAAUUAGACUUUGAAUUACAAAUCCAUGGAAUGAGGCUAGGUCUCACUCCAAGAUUCAGGAGGCACUGAACUGGUAAUAUGUGGUCUACUCUACAGGAUUGACAACCUUGUCAAAGUCAUUUGUGAUUAAUGUGCACACUGGGCUGGGAGAUUUGUGACCGUUAAAGGAUUAGUUCACUUCAAGAAUAAAAACUCCUGAAGAUUUACUCACCCCCAUGUCAUCCAAGAUCCCAUUGUCUUUCUAUCUUCAGUUGCCAAGAAAUAAAGGUUUAUGAGGAAAACAUUCCAGGAUUUUUCUCCAUAUAAUGAACUACAGUGGCAACCAUUUUUUGCAUGUUUGCUUUGUAAACACUGGGUCAGCGCUUUUGUCUACAUCAUACGUGACCUUUCCAACGUAAUGAUGUAAUGCGUGAAGUCCAGCUAGUGCAAGACGAACAUUUGUGUUUAAAAAGCAUUUAAAUGUUUAUUAUUUUAAGAAAAUGAGUGAUAAUUUCUCCAGAUAAGACCCGUAUUCCUCAGUCCCCAUUGAACUCCAAUAGCAUGAAGUCUUGGAAUGGUUUCCUUAAAAACCUUAAUUUCUUUGUGACUGAAGACUGCAGAGUUUGUUAUCCAAACAGAUAUCCAGGAUUCUGCGAUGAUUAAAAUUUCAGAUUAUGUUUAGGCCAAUGUGUAAGUACUUAGUAGAUGAGCCUAAUAAAUGCUCAAUGAGUUCUUGCUGAUGUAA